GAACGUCACGUAGCGCUCGCGAUACAAAACAACAACAAAAAAAACCAAGGCUCGCGCCUGUUACAGAGCUACUGUAGAUGAAGGUGAGCGCUCGCGCUGCGAUUUUGGUCGCGUUCACAAUGGAGAUUAAAACUGAACCCAUAGCCAAACCUUCCCAUGGCUUUGCUUUACUGAAAGAGCUGGACUUGCAGCGGAGAACAGGAACCUUCUGUGACUGUGUGAUACAUGUCCAUGUGAACCCUGACCAGCUCUUCUUGGCUCAUAAAAGUGUCCUUGCUGCCUUCAGUCCAGUGUUCGCCACCCUUCUUCCCCAGCACGGUUCCCUCAUAGAAUUAAAUUCACCUCUUCUCACCCCAGAAACACUGGCUUUACUUCUGGAGUAUAUGUAUACAGGCAAAUUGCCCCCAGAGAGCCACGAAGAACCAAUAGUGAAUGCAGCUUUCUACCUGCAGAUGGAGCAACUGCAGCAGGCAUUGACCUGCAGGAUGAAACAGAAAGAGGUAACACAGACUGUUCAGGACCAAAUCAAGAGAAAGAAGGGAUUUACAGAGGAUAAGUCUCUCAACAAGACUCUUCUAUCCUCAUCAUAUUUUCCAUACGGCUCCAACCAGCCACCAGCCACACCAAGCUACGAGGUCGUCCCAGUCAUACGCCACUCGACAGGAAACGCUAAAUUUCCACUACAAUCCAUCUGUCUCGCUAAAACCCUUGAACAAGUAUCAGAGGCCAACAAAGACCAUCAGGAUAACAAGUUAUUGCUUAAUUCAUCACACUCAAAACAUGACAAGGCAGAGAAUUCAGUAAACGAUAUGUCCAAGGUUGUUGCUAAUGAAGCGGAAAAGUUCACUAUCCCUGACAACAUUGGACAAUAUGAAUAUAGUGGCCCUCAGACGUUCACAGCUGUCCAUUCAAACAACGAUAAUAAAGAUCAGUGUGUGCAUAGUGCUCACACCAACAGUACGCAUUUGUCUCCAGAACCUGACCACCUGACCAACAGAUGUGUUUCAGAUGGAGGCAGUGUCCAGUCAUUUAAUUCUUUUGAAACAAGAAAAUAUGUACAUGUUCCAGUCAUUUUCUCAGACACCAUUAGUGAUAAGAAAUCGUACAAAAGCACCAACAACCCUGAGAACAGAGGUCAGACUUUUAUCAAACAAAUGACAAAAAGUCAUAAAAGGCGAGCCAAUUUACAUUUAGACAAUUCUAUCAAAACCGACACUAAUGAUACCGUGUGUGAAAACGCAACUCCGGAUCUUGGCGUGAGCCACAAAAUAAACCAGCAUUAUGCUCCCUCACUGGAAAUGUUGACUGUGCGACAAUUUGCCUUGGGUGAAGACUCUGACUGCUGUGAAUUCUCCAAACUGAGAAAAGACUAUCAGGGCCACUUAAGAUACCACUGCUUCCCCCAGUCAAAUGAAUCAGACAGUGACGAAACAUGCCCAAGCCCUAAAAAGGAGGCGAAAGAUGAUUCCGAAUUUCUGGAGACGAUAGACGUGGCCGAGAUAUUGAUCUCCACUAGAGAAGAACUGAAGUCUGGAUCUUGCAGUCACUCCGAAACACGUCGGUUCCAGUGCACGGUUCCUGAGUGUGAGAAGGCCUUCAGUCAGCGCGGAUCAUUGAACAGACACAUGCGCACACACCUAGGUAUUCGUCCUUACUCGUGUCCACUUUGCACCAUGUGUUUUUCCAGACAGUACAGAGUGACUGAGCACAUGCGUGUCCACCAGAGGAGCUGUGAUGACCCACCUUAAUCAUGUCUUUAUGUGAUGCUAUAAAUUACAUUUUCAGCACUGAAUUUUGGUAUAUUCAGUGAAAUUGCCAGAGUGUCCAAUUCUGGUCUAAUUUUCUGCAAUGUACUGCUGAACUGAGUAUCACUUCUGAAACAUGCUCGCAUAUGCUUUUAGUUACGCUUGGUAAUUGUCCAAGACGAGGAACAGAAGUGGUGUAGCAUUGUUCCUGCAGAAAUCAUUCAUUCUUCUUCUGGAACUGCUGAUCAGCUGGCAUGGUCCUGAUGGAUCUGGAGCUUAUACAAAAGUUAUACUUUAUACUGCUUAGUGUAUCAAAUCCAAUCUUUAUGUAGUAUGUUUUUUUGGUAGUCGGAGGACACCAGGGAAACUGGUGGAAACCUUUGGCGGACACAUUUAGGACAUUCAACACUUAGAUUCGCAAUGGCCUUUAAAAAAGACCAGGAUGACUAGAAACAGUGUAGACAGUGGGACGUAUUUAUUCAUUGAUAUGCACCUUAUGCAAAUUUCAUCCAAAGCUUUAACACUGGUGUGCGUGUGAAUUUAAGAUUGAAAUUUUAGCAGCUUUUUGUACUUAAACAGACAAAAUCAAUCACCAGAACAGUGAGAAACACAAUCUGAAGCAUCUAAAUGGAUGUUCAGCUAAAACAGAGGAGGUAAUACAAACAUGAGCCCUGUGUAAGUUCUGUACAAGAAUCUUUUUAGAUACUAUUUCCAGGUACCAGUGCAAAUAUAUUGAAUAUUUCAUGAGGUACAGAAUAUUACAGUGAUAAGAUUAUAAAGGUUCAAGAUUUUUUUCAGUACAUUUGAAACAUUUUUGAAUGCAAUGUUUGCUAUAUGUGAAUUUCACAUCACUAAAGCAUGGCAAACAUUUUUUUUCAUUCAUAUUUAUAGUCUGCUUUUUAAGAGUAGGAUGACUUUUUUAAGGGUGAGCUGAAGUUCCUCAGAUUUGUGGGGCCAGGAACCCCUUACAGUGAAAGAACAUUUUCCAAGGACCCCCCAUAGUUAUAACUAACUUUCUUUCGGCUUCUCCCGUUAGGGGUCGCCACAGCGGAUCAUCCGCAUGUUUGAUUUGGCACGUUUUUACGCUGGGUGCCCUUCCUAACACAACCCUCCCCAAUUUAUCCGGGCUUGGGACCGGCACUGAAAGUGGCUGGGGUUGGUUCCCUGACCGGGGAUCGAACCCGGGCCGCAGCGGUGAGAGCGCCGCAUCCUAACCACUAGACCACAGUGAUUAAACAUAUGCUUACUACAAUUUGUACUCUGCCAUUGGAAUGACAUUUUAUUGUAAAAAGAAAUUCAAUCCACAUACAUGAAAUAUUUGAAUAAAUACUUGUUAUUUUGCCAUUCAGCAGCAGGAACGUUUUGUUGCAUGACGUGCUUUUUUAUUUCAGUGUGAAGUGAUUCGUAACAGAUUGUUUUGCGAUGUCAAUCAGUUUUUUUUUUUUUAAAGUUCUAAAAUCAAAUGAAAUUAUAAUAAUUCCCUUUAUAUUUUUCAAAGGAAAAAGGGCUGAGCAAUAGAGGUUAAAUGUGAAAACUGAAACAGACAAAAAGAUUGUGUGAUUAUAAUACAUUUUAAUAUAAUUAUUUAAUACAAUUAUUAGAACGAAUUACAUUAUUGUAAUUGUGUGCUUGCAUAAUUAGGUUUAAUUGUUUCAUUAUUAUUAUUUGUAUUAUUGUUGAUAUUAUUACUAUAUUGAGAAGUACAAUCUGAAGACCUUCGACCUUCUGUGUGUAUCUGACGACAGCUUUUGUAAAAUUCAAUGGUGAAAUACUGCUGAAGUGAGCAUUUCUUGAGAAGUUCAGGUGCUCAUGUCCUCAUGUAGAUCAUCAUGCCUGCUUCAGUGUGUUUAUUACUUGGGCAUGCAGGCUAAAGAUGGUCCAUGUUGACCUUUGCUUUGGCCUGCUAUGCCAUAGAAGAGAAGUGGAAAAAAAGGGAAAAAUGCCACUGACAGAUUUUCAUUUCUAAUUAAAUUAAAAUGUGACAUAUUUUUCUUGAUUUUUAAACUUCAAAAAUGUAAUUAAAUGUUGAGAAUAUACUGUACAUUGUUUUGACUUGUUUUAUUUCAUGUACAUGUGUCACUUUAGGUGCACCUGGAAUGGAAAUUUCGAGUAUUUCGAGUAAUAUAAAUUGCCUGUAGAUUGGAAAGAAUACAAUAUUUGCUGUGAUUAUGAAACAAAACAUUUCUGCAAUUUUCUGAAAUCAUGGUGGUGAGAACAUUUACUUUUGGCCCACAGACCUUAAUCAAGUUUGAUUUUUAGCUUUUUAGAGAAACAAGUUUGGGAACCUUUGGUGUUGUAGACGAAACCAUUCAGUUUUUCAGACGCUUGCAGAACACAUAUGCAGACUUCUUAAAUAGCCAUUAAAUCAUUUGAGCUUUUAUAUUCACAGACACUAGUCCAUACCAUCAUUUGAUCAAAUUUGUGACAAAUUUGGUGUCAUUCCGUGUACAAAGAAUGACAAUUUUAUGACCGAAUUCCAUGAUUCUGUCCACAUUUUCCACAUCAUGAUAAUCAUAGUGCACCAAGUUGUGUGUGAAACCCACUUUAACAACUCCUCUUCUAACUGGCUCAAAAUUGUCCUUAUUUGCAACAACCUCAGAAAUUACGGCCAUGCUGCCCCUAACUUCUGUCAUUUUUCUUUUAUUUCCUCAACAGUCAAUGUGUGUAUUCAUAUGCAGAACCCUUAAUAAAAUAAAUCAAUUAUUUCCUUUUCAUAAAUGCAGACUUACCAGUGUGCACAAGUAUUAAUGACAACAGUGGUCUACCAGUAAAUAAUUAU